CCAGUGCGGGAACCAGGUGGGCUGCCGCUUCUGGGACCUGGCGCUGCGGGAGCACGCCGCCGUCAACAAGUGAAUGCUGUAUGUUAACAUAUAAUGAUGAGCAGUCCUCGGCACCUUCUGUUGAAGCAGCUGUAAGAAGGCAAUGGAUGAAGUUCAUAUGUGUAUGGAGAGUCUCUUGGGUUUAGUUUUGCAGAGAACAGUGACUUUCAAAUUCUCUUUCAUCAGGUCUUUAGGAGUAUGAAAGGAAUUUAUGAUGAAGCAUUAAGCAGUUUUUUUAGGAACAUAGAUACAAGAAGUGGUGGUGAUGGUCCUGAUAUUUACAAAGGAAAAAUCUGCUCUUUAAAAGCACGAGCACUGUUGAUUGACAUGGAGGAGGGUGUGGUAAAUGAAAUUCUGCAGGGACCAUUGAGGGAUGUGUUUGAUAGCAAGCAGCUUAUCACAGAUGUUUCUGGUUCAGGAAACAACUGGGCUGUAGGUCAUAAGGUAUAUGGCUGUCAAUACCGGGAUGACAUUGUGGAAAAGCUAAGGAAAAACGCAGAACAUUGUGACUGUCUACAGUGUUUUUUUAUAAUUCAUUCUAUGGGAGGUGGGACAGGAUCUGGCCUUGGAACUUUUGUACUAAAUUUGCUUGAGGAUGAAUUCCCAGAAGUAUAUAGAUUUGUUACUUCAGUUUAUCCCUCUGGCGAAGAUGAUGUUAUUACUUCUCCAUAUAACAGUGUUCUGGCUAUGAAGGAGCUUAAUGAACAUGCAGACUGUGUGCUACCAAUAGAGAAUGAAUCUCUGUUUGAUAUAGUUAAUAAAAUUCAUCAGAUGAUCAAUUCUGGGAAGCUAGGGUCAACUGUGAAGCAGAACAGCUUGGUAACAUCAAGUGCAGGCAGUGCAAAAUCUGUACAAGAGAAGCCAUUUGAUGCAAUGAAUAAUAUCAUAGCCAACUUGCUGCUGAACCUGACAAGCUCUGCUAGGUUUGAAGGUUCCCUUAACAUGGAUCUUAAUGAAAUCAGCAUGAAUUUAGUUCCAUUUCCUCGACUUCAUUACUUGGUUUCGAGCUUGACUCCUCUGUAUACAUUGGCAGAUGUUAAUGUACCUUCUAGAAGGUUGGAUCAGAUGUUUUCAGAUGCUUUUAGCAGAGAUCAUCAGCUAAUUCAAGCAGAUCCAAAGCAUAGCCUCUACCUUGCCUGUGCACUUCUUGUUCGAGGAAAUGUGCAGGUUUCAGACCUUCGCAGAAAUAUUGAAAGGUUGAAGCCUUCCCUGCAUUUUGUGUCCUGGAAUCAAGAGGGCUGGAAAACCGGUUUGUGUUCAGUACCUCCUGUGGGCCAUUCCCAUUCCCUCCUGGCUUUAGCAAACAAUACUUGUGUAAAACCAACUUUCAUUGAACUCAAAGACAGAUUUAUGAAGCUCUACAAGAAAAAGGCUCACCUUCAUCAUUACCUGCAUGUAGAUGGGAUGGAGCAAAGCUGUUUUUCUGAAGCCAUGUCGUCUUUGUCUGACCUAAUAGAAGAAUACAAUGAACUGGAUGCCACAAAAGGUGGGCCUAGAACAGAUCCAUCAAGACUGAAGAUAGCUGUUUGAAGAAGGAAGAACUAUUUUUUUUAUUUUUUAUUUCCCCCAAGCAUCCAAUGACUUUAGCUAACCAGAAUGAAUUGCAGCUAUUGUAAUUCCAAAGUGAGACUGGGACAACAUCUCUGGGAGGUGUCAUGUUAAAUGACAGGCCCAGCCUGUAAGAAAGAUUUGAAGACACCUAAUUAUGGUGGGUAUCAGUAAGAGCAAUCUUCCUAACUGUAGAAUACAUUGACAUACCAUAUGCUGUAAACAGAAGAAAAAGAGGUUGUAGCAGCCAAAAAUGUAGCUCUUCUCUCAGACUUCCAGCUUACAGUAAAGGCAGACUUUUCUUCCAAGAAGGAUCAUCAUUGCUAGAUUUGUUUUUAACAAGCAGUUAUGAAAAGAAAAGCCUACAUAGUCUUUUUCAAAGAUGAAAGCAAGUCUAAUGAAACUAAUUUCUUAAACUUUGCAGGUUAGUAGUAAUUUCAAAAUGCUUUAAGCAAUGUUCAUAGUUUUAAUAUUUUUGCUUCCAUGUUGUACUUAGCUAUAUUAGAGUUUUCUGAGCUGGUAUGAAAAUAGGCAGUAUCAGAAAAUUCAGCAAAAUAAAUUGUUUCAAGUAUUAGAGUAUUAACUAACAUAUUAAUGAUUCAUAUUUAUGAAUGCUGACUUGCACAAGAUAAUAAGAUAACACAAUAUACCUCUGAGCCAAACACACACUUAUAAUGAAGUUAUAAUGACUGUUCAGAGAAAAAAAGUUUACAUGCUUACAAGAAUGCAAGUUAAAUAAAUGUUUUAAUAUUAUAAUUACCAGGGUAAGUAUAUUUUUAUAUUACAGUAAGAACUUUUACAAAAUAGAAUACAGCUGUUUCCAGUAUCUUGCCAGCCCUGGCUGUCUUCAAACUGCAAGACUAUUGAACUGUUAAAAUCAGAAUGAAUCAAUACAAUGAUUUCUUAAAGCUUGAAGUCCUUCUAGCAGGGUUGGGGUGGGUAUAUAAGUAAGCACAGUUUUCAAUGUUGAAGUCCAGAAGUAUUCAAUAAAACAUUGUGAUAACA